UUGGCGCAGUAGACAUUCUUAUUCUUUCAUCUCUUCUUCUGAAUAACAAUAUUAAUUAGCAAUCAGAAAUUUGUGUCAAUGGCUGAUAAAGAUUUGUCAGUUAUGAAUUCUUCAACAUCGGUUCCUAAUGAUCAUCACUGCAUACACAUUCCGAACGAGUCAACAAUUAAUAAUAAUAGUGUUAGUAAUAGCAGUACUGAUGGUGGUACUGGUGGGAGAGGUGUUGCUUUGAAGCCGCCACGUCUGGUUUCUCUUGACGUAUUCAGAGGACUCACGGUGGCGCUUAUGGUACUUGUAGAUCAAGCUGGUGGUAUCAUACCUUCUAUUAAUCAUUCACCGUGGAAUGGUGUUACUUUAGCUGACUUUGUCAUGCCGUUCUUCUUGUUUAUUGUUGGAGUUGCUCUUGCUCUCGCCUAUAAGAAACUUCCGUGCAGAGUUGACGCAACUAAGAAAGCUGUGCUUCGGGCGCUUAAACUUUUUGUCAUCGGCAUUCUGCUUCAAGGCGGUUAUUUACAUGGUAUCAACAGCCUAACCUUUGGUGUUGAUAUUCAAAAAAUUAGGUUGUUGGGUACCCUACAGAGAAUUGCGAUAGCAUAUCUGUUAACAGCUGUAUGCGAGAUUUGGCUCAAGAGGGAGGGCGUUGUGAAAUCAGGACGAACUAUGUUUAAGAAGUAUAAAUUCCAGUGGAUAUUUGUUCUGGUACUUACGGUGACAUAUACUGCAUUGCUGUAUGGGCUACAUGUUGCUGAUUGGGAGUACCAAAUUCCUAAUGAAAACUCCUCUUUCUCUUCAAAUAUAACAUCGGUAAAAUGUGGAGUUCGUGGAGACACUGGACCUGGCUGUAAUGCUGUUGGAAUGAUUGACCGUAAAUUGUUAGGCAUUCAGCAUUUAUAUAAGAAGCCGACCUAUGCACGGACAAAGGAAUGCAGCAUCAACUCACCAGACAACGGCCCACUUCCACCCAAUGCACCUAGUUGGUGUCAAGCCCCAUUUGACCCUGAAGGAAUUUUAAGUUCUGUGAUGGCAGUUGUUACCUGCAUGAUUGGUCUGCAUUUUGGUCAUAUUAUAGUACACUUCAAGGAUCACAAGGAUAGGAUAAUAUCUUGGACGAACCCUUCAGCUGGUCUAGUUGUUGUGGGAUUCACUUUGGAUUUCUGUGGGAUGCACAUAAACAAAGCCCUCUACUCUUUAAGUUACACAUGUGUUACAAUUGGUGCCGCAGGCCUUCUUUUUGCCGCAAUUUAUGUGAUGGCUGAUGCAUUUAGUAUUAGAAUACCAACUCUGGUUUUUGAAUGGAUGGGAAAACAUGCUCUGGUGAUCUAUAUCUUUGCAGCAUGCAACGUUUUUCCUAUCCUUUUACAGGGUUUCUAUUGGAAGGAACCUGGAAACAGCUUUUUGAGAUUAAUUGGUAUUGGCCAGUCAUAAUCUGCUCACAGAGUAAAGGCAUGAGCAAAAAAGAGAAGCGCUGAGGAAGAUCCCAUCCACAUGAAGGCGGCCAUUGGCGCCAAAUUAUUCGUAGUAGUACGGGACAGGACCAGUCUGGUCUACCCAAUUAUAUAUGUAAA